AUGGAAGCAAGAUUUAAAAACAAACUACCCCAGGAGGGUACCGUAGAACGCGGAGAAUCCCUCCACGGGACGGGAGGAUGUGGGAACACUUCACUACCUCUCAGCCCGUGCUGCCCCACGUAUUCUGGGGGGGGCAAAAUUUUGCAACCCGUUUCAAGCGAGAAGAAACAAGAAGGAAGAACAGAAGAAAGAAGACCAGAAGAAAGAAAACAAGAAGAAAAAUCUGAGGAGAUUACUAACCCAUUUGUGAAGAAGGGGCUAAAAAGGACCCCGCCCACAAAGAAAAAGGAACACCAAGUAGCCGACCAACUAAAAAGGACUCUAGGUAAGUCACAAACAAAGAUAAUCAGCCUUGGUGAAGAAGAAUACGUCUCCAGGAAGAAACUCUUAGAGAAACUCGGUAAACAAAUCGAAGACCUGCUUGAUUUCGUAACACCGAGACACAAUGUCCACGGGGAUAUAAAAAGAAAGGUAAACGACCUUAGUACUACGUACAAUAGGUUACACAACCUUAAAGAAGGAGAAGAGCAAUCGCGUAAUUUGACCUCAACAAUGACCCAGACUUCUCCCAAAGCGCAACCACAAGCGUGGAAGGAAAAUAUUACACGGUCAGACGGCACUCCAGUGCACAGAAAGAGAAAGGACUUAACACCGGAGCCAGUAGUAAGUUCACCCCGUAGGGUAAAGCGGAAAAUCAUGAAUGAUCCAAUAAAGCAAGACACACCUAAGCCACUACCAAACAAAAAAGUAAGUAGUAACAUGGUAGUGCAGGAUAAACAACGAGACGAUGCAAGCGACCCCAAUGAGAAAUGGGAAAAGGUCACGAGAAGGAAAAAGCAGCCCCGUAACCCCAAGCUCCCAGAAGCCUUUGUGAUACAAAAGAAGGGCACGCUGACGUACGCUGAAAUACUGAGUAGAAUAAAAAAGGAUGAAACCCUCAAAGGUGUAGGAGACCAUGUCGCAAAAAUCCGCAGGACUGCCGGCGGAGACAUGAUUUUUGUAAUUAACAAACAUGGUACGGGAAAAACCGAACAGUACUGCAACGCCAUAAAAACGGUGCUGGGUGAAGAAGCCCUGGUCAAAAGUAGAAUCCCAGAGAAAACUAUCAUCGUGAAGGACCUUGACGAAAUCACCACAAAGGAGGAAAUUAGGGAUGCCUUACAAAGCGUACUGGGAAAAGGCGAAACUGUAGACAUAAAUGCCAUUAAAUCCGUCAAGAAAACGUAUGGUGGCAUGCAAACAGCUUUGGUAGUAUUACCAAUGGAGCUGGCCAACAAAAUUCUCGAAGCAGGGAAGGUUCGCGUUGGAUGGGUAAUAUGCCGUAUUCGUGAAGUAGCUAAACCACUUAAAUGUUAUAAGUGUUGGAACUACGGCCAUUUGGCCAAAAUGUGUAGGAGUCCCGUCAACAGGUCCUCCAGCUGCGUCAAGUGCGGUGGUGAGGGUCACAAAAUCGACAAGUGCACACGAGAGGCCUAUUGCGUACUCUGCAGCGACAAAGACCUACUCACGCAAAUAGUUCGUGAGGAAGGCAUUGACCUGGCAAUAAUAUCGGAACCCUACCGCAGCAUUGAACAACCCGGUUGGAUAUCAGACACUGCAAAUAAAGCCGCUAUUUGGUCCUGCGGCAUGUACCCGACGCAAAAAAUCCUGAAGGUCCAAGAAGAAGGAGUCAUCGGUGCCAAAGUGAAUGGCAUACACUUCUAUAGCUGCUACGCCCCACCAAGCUGGAGCCAGGACAAAUUCGAGAACAUGCUAGCAAACCUCACUAAUGCCUCUAGAAAUAUGAACCCACGGGUCAUUGCAGGGGAUUUUAACGCUUGGGCAACCGAGUGGGGGAGUAGCAGAACGGAUAAGAGAGGCCAAACGCUCCUAGAGACCGCAGCUGGAUGGGACCUGACACUAUUGAACGACGGUAAGUCACCCACUUUUAUCAAAGGUGAAGCAAGGUCCUUUAUUGACCUGACCUUCGCAAGCAGCAGCAUAGCAAAGCGGGACACAAAAUGGCAGGUAACGGAUAUCUACACACACAGCGACCAUUGUGCAAUUACGUGGAGUAUCCCCGAUCACAACAAUGUCCGCCGACGGAAGCUUGCGGCUCCCCUCGUAGGUUGGAAAACGAAUACCUUCGACGCGGACACAUUUCACGCCGCAUUAGAGUGGAACAGUAAGAUUGAAGGUAACACCGCAGAGGAGAUGGCAGAGAACAUCAUGACAAAGCUGGCUAGGGCGUGUGAUUGUGCAAUGGCUACCUACAAAGACCUUCGAACUAAAUUGAAAAAGGCGAUUAAAAAACGAAAAGGAGAAACUUGGGCUGAACUACUGGAAGAAGUCAACAAUGACCCCUGGGAAGAGCUGGACUACGAAAUACCCGCAAACGCCGCCGAAGUCCCUGCGAUCACGAACGAGGAAUUCGUAGGCGCAUACAACGCAAUAAAGAAUAAGAAGGCACCAGGUAUGGAUCGCAUCCCUAACGUAGCUCUGAAGGCGGCAAUGAAGGGAGAGCAAAAUGGGUUUCAGGAGGUAUUUAACAAGUGCCUCCAGGAAGGUACUUUCCCCAAAAUCUGGAAGAGACAGCGAUUAGUACUUUUACCCAAGGGCAAUAAAAACCCGGAAGACCCAAAGUCUUAUCGUCCUCUAUGCAUGCUGGACACAGCGGGGAAAGUACUGGAGAGAAUAAUCCACAAUAGAAUGGAAGCCGCAAUCGGAAACGCCAUCCACAACAACCAGUACGGUUUUAGAAAAGCCCGCUCUACCCUGGAUGCGAUAGAACGAGUAGUAAACAUCGCCAAAAACGCCACCAGGGGCCAUCGCUGGAAAGGUGGGGGCAAAAAGUACUGCCUGUUGGUAGCUCUCGACAUCCAAAAUGCCUUCAACUCGGCAAGAUGGGACAUCAUCUGCAAGGCUAUGGAUAGAUUGGAAGUACCGAUGUACCUCAGGAAGAUAAUACGUAGCUACCUUAGUAACAGGGUCCUUCACUACGACACGGAUGAUGGACCGGAAAAGUACAAAAUUACGGCUGGUGUACCACAGGGCUCCGUGCUCGGACCGCUUUUGUGGAACAUUAUGUAUGACGGACUGCUGAAUCUCACACUACCUGCUGGAGCUGAACUCACUGCCUUCGCAGACGACGCGAUGAUCUCAAUAGUCGCGAAGCACACAGAAGAGAUACGCAGAAUAUUCGAAGAAACGUACCGCCGCAUACAAACGUGGAUGACAUCGACCGGGCUGAAGCUAGCAGAGCACAAGACAGAGGCAAUGCUGGUCACGAGUCGGAAGAACGUAGAAAGGAUCACGCUAGCCGUGGGAUCAAGUUGCAUCACAUCUAAAACACAAAUUAGGUAUCUUGGAGUGUACCUAGAUUUCAGGCUAAACUUUAACCACCACGUGGAGCAAGCAGCCGUGAAGACAUCGAAGGUUACCAUGGCACUCGCCAGGCUCAUGCCUAACGUGGGUGGCCCACGGCAAAAGAAGAGGAACCUGUUGAUGUCGGUAAGUAAUUCCGUUUUGUUGUAUGGGGCUCCCAUUUGGGCGGACGCUCUAAGUAACAAAAUAAAUAGGAAAAAGAUGGAGUCAGUGUAUCGGGUAAGUUUGAUCAGAAUCAUCAGCGCGUUUCGCACUGUAUCGUUAGAUGCAGCCUGUGUAAUCGCCGGCGCUAUACCCGUGCAUCUACUUGCAGAAGAGAGAAAACUGUUGUUUGACAGAAGAAGUGAUCCGAGCGCAACGCGGAAAAAAUCGCGAUGUCUAGUCAGAAGACAGAUCAUCACCAAAUGGCAGCAGGAGUGGGAUCACUCAAUAAAGGGCCGCUGGACUCACAAACUAAUUGGACAAGUCGAAAAAUGGAUAAACCGCAGGCAUGGGGAAACGAACUUCUACCUCACCCAAAUGCUGACGGGCCAUGGAUGUUACCGUGCGUAA